UUUGUCGAUUUUUUAAAUUUUUAUAUUCUGUAAUUUUAUUUGAAUUCGGGAAAACAACCCAUUUUCCAAAAUACCCGUGUAAUGAAUAUCUGUUUAAAAUUUUAUUUUCAUUUAUUAGUGUUUUUUUACAUUACAAUCCAUAUGCCAUUCACUAUGUACAGUGUACACUCUAGUUCAUUUUAUGUGCCGGGCCAAAUUUCAACUAGCCAGAGCAAGCUGUGCCACCAGUACAAGUACAAACUAAAAAUAUCCCAUGUCGAAUUUUUUACUGUUUGAGGGGGUGGGGGAUUCUGUUUAUUACCUGGUCAAAUUGUGCUUAAUACCUUCUCUAGUGUACACCUUUUUUUAAAAUAAAAUUUUAUACUUGUGAUUUUUUUUAGGUUUCCUUUAUAAGUUCCCUUGGAACUUUGUCGGUAAAAUGAGCCAAAGUGAAGUUAAAAAGAAUGAAAAUAUCAAAACCUGGAAAUAUGGCGAAGAAUGCUGGUUCAAACGAUUGGAAGAGCUUGGUAAACUCCAAGAGCAUGAUCUGGGAGCUGGAGAUGAUCUUGAGAUAGAUCAUGAGUUGGUGAUCCAGGGUCAGAUCUACUUUAAUCAGAACUAUUUCUCAGUACUCGUCAAUAUGUUGAUAGGACUUUAUUCUCUUAUGUUUGUUCCAACGAUAGUUCGUAUUCUGCAUUUAACAGGUAAAUCUGGUACCCCAGCUCUUUCCUUUCAAAGAUAUUUAAGAACUCUCAACCACACAGUCACGUGGUUUAAAGGUGUGGAUUCUAUGAAGAGUUCUCUACGGCAAGUUCUUCAGCUGCAUCGUGCUGCUGCAGCUAAGGGUAGAAAUACAGUUAUUGAGGGAAAAUCUAUUUCUCAGUUCGAUAUGGUGAUCACCCAGUGGGGCUUUCUUGGCCCUCUUCUCAUGUUUCCUCACAAAAUAGGAGUCAAGGAUACGGCGGAUUCAAGUCUGGAAGGUGUUGUUUAUAUGUUCUAUCUGGUUGGAAAAUCUCUUGGAGUACAUGAUGAGUUUAAUCUGUGUAAAGGAGGGGCUCGUCUUGCUAAACAACGUUGUCAACAUAUACUUCGUCAGGUGAUACAGCCUGGAUUAUUAAAUGAAGGAAGAAUUUCACGGUUCAUGGCUGAUCAUCUUCUUAACGGAGUCAAUGUCAUUAAUCCGUUCAUCUUUCAGGAUUCAUUCAGGGAGUACGUAGAAACGGUUCUAAUGGAAAAAAACUUUGAUUCUCCAGCUCUUAAAGGAAUUAUGCUCUUCCACUUCAAAACUAUCACUUUCAUUUUUCAGACUGGUCUACAGCUCCCUGGUGGAUUACUGCUCCGGGUUUGGUUUAAUCAGCUAAUGAAGUUGAAUAUACUGCUCUGUUUAGACCAAGAGGAUGUUAUAGUCAAGGGAUUGGAGACAAUAAAAUCAUCGCCUAUUGAUAGAUUUCUCGGUAUUAUGAAUAUUCCUGUUAUAAUGGUGAAAACAUUCUAUAAACACUUAUCAAUAUAUAUCAGGACUAUUCUGGAGAAACGGGGAAAAGAAGUUGGUGCACUAGCCGUUCUAUUUCUAGUCCUGGCUGUUUCAAACCUCUCCGUCUUUAAUUCUGUUCAUAUAGCCACCUGAUUUCAAGAAUAUUAAGAUUUUUAACUUUAAAAAGGCUGAAAAAAUCUGUUAAGCACAGCAAUUUGUUAUCACCUGUGCUUUUAAUCAAGACCAUGACACGUUACAUACAUAGACAGAUACAUAUACAAUUGUCAUAAAUUUUAUCUUGAUUUUAUACAUAAUAAUUUAUAUGUCAUAGAACUCGUAUGAUUUUAAACAAUUUUAUAUUUUAUUUAUUUAAAUUUAGUGAAAUAAUUGCAACUUUUUUAUUGUGAAACUGAAAUCAUUUCAAAUGUGCCUUAUCUCAGAUAUUUUAAGUAUUAAGCUCGAUUAUAUUUAGCAAAUCUCAUACUAAAGUAUUAUUAAACAUUUAAUGGAACAGUCUCAACCAUCCAGGGCUGGAG